AUGGGUCGGCAUUGGAGUGGUGCGAUGGGUCGGCAUCACCACAAACCCGAACAUCAACCCGGAUCGCCACCCAAACCCUCGCUCUCCUCCUACCUGAGCGACGUCAAAGCCUCUCUCCAACGGGAACCUUCGGCUCAGAGCCGCCCCCAAACGCCACGCAAACCCCUCUCGUUUUCCAACUCGCCGCCUCCCUCUUCUCCUACUCCUCAAAGCACACCCCCGUCCAGAGUCGCCUAUCUGGAAGAAAUCCGACGCAACCUCUCCGAAUUCCGCAGCCGCUCCGCACCGUCACCACCAUCAUCCUCCUCCAACACUACCUCCGGCUCCGGUCCGUCCGUAUCGCUCCAAGAGCUCUACAACCGGCACGCUAUUCCCAACACCGCGGACUCUGACGGGGUAAAACCGCCCACAGGCUCCAUUUUUGGACCCAUACGCGAGAGCCUCCGCCAUCUUCGAUCAUCCUCGCCUGGAACGGAUCAACUAUCACUGUCUCGUUUCAAGGAAAGCCUCAAGCUGAGGCCCGGUGAGAAGGCAGACCAUGAAUUCCCAAUCAGCGGGGUUGGUGAUGGUCUGGCCUCUUUUACUCAGCAGAUGGCGAGCAAGAGCGGGGAAGAUGAUGAAGCUAUGAGGACCCAGUUUGUCAAGAUGUACAAUUAUUCAGAGCUCGGGGCCAAGCUGCAAAUGUUGAGACCGGAGAAGAAGAAGGGGAACUGGUUCUCCUUGCACGAGUUGAACGAGAGGCUUGCCAAGCUGAGGGAGAUUGAGAAGAAUGACAAUACGGAGAUCGUAGGCAUCCCCUUAUCGGAAUUAAGAGAUGUUGUCUCCAAGAUGGAUGGCAAGAGGAAGGGAAACGCUGUUUCAGCACAAACACUUGAUAUUCUGGGUCACAUAGGUGGGACACCGAGCUACAUGAUGCAUCCUCCAAAGGACCACUUAAUUGAGAAGGCAAGUUAUUUUCAUCCGGACAACAUGUCGUCUGCUGAGAAACUGAAGUUGGAGCUGAAGAAAGUAAGAGAUGAAUACAAAAUUUCAGAGUCGGAUUGUGGUUCUGCUCGUGUUCAGGUUGCACAGCUGAGUACAAAGAUUACACAUCUCGGAAAUGUUCUAUCAAAAAAGGACAAGCAUUCUUUGCAUGGCCUACAUUUGAUGGUAGAGAGAAGGAAGAAGCUGAUGAAGUACUUACGAAAAACGGAUUUUGAUUCGUUCUGCCUCCUCAUGUCAAGGUUCAACAUUCGUCUCGUCACGAACACCAAAAGCUUAGAUGUGCGCCAUAAGAAGAAGCUAAAGAAGAAGCAGCCUCGGAAAUAG